UAACCCUCCACAGAACUAUAUUCUGAGACAGGACGAUAAAAGGCCUUUCAGAGGGUUGCCAGCAUGAUUGUACACAUAAGUAAGAUUUGAGUUCCCAUGACACCCUAAACACAUUUUUCUUGGUGACCUCACAGGAACCCUCCUAGCAUGAUCUGCUUCUGAAGUUCGCCCUCCAGUUGCAGGCCGUGUGAGAAGUCAGGGAAACGGGCUCAACUCCAGACAGCCAUUUUAAAUUCACAGUGAUAAGUAUUUAAUGAGAGGCGGGGGAAACACCACCUUGGUGUGAUACAGCUGGAGGCGUGUAAGAUGGCCUUGUCAGUGAAGAACACACUGAGGGCACGGUGGGAGGAGACCUUCUUGGCCAAAAGGAAGUUGUGGGGGAAGAUUUUUUUCUUCUUCUUCUUCUCGUUCUUUCCACGAGAGGAGCCAUGGCUACUGCUGAUGCUGCUGGAGCUGCUGCUAGCUUAAUGCCCUCAACUCUCUGUGAGGUCCACAACAAGCCUCUGAAGUUCUUUUGCCAAAAUGAGUUGGCUUUGAUCUGCACCCAGUGUGCCAAAACCAAGCAGCAUCACAACCACAUUGUUUUCCCCAUUCAAGAAGCAGCCCAAAAAAACAAGGCUGAAAUCCAGAAUCACGUGAAAAAGGGAAGAGAAGUCGCUCGGAUGUAUGAGAAGCAUGUUGAAAUGAGCACUCGGAAUCUAUGGAAAAGGCCAGGAGAAGAACGUCGCAAGUUGGUGCAUGAAUUCGAACAGUUCCAUCAGGCUGCAAAGGAUCAAAUGCAGUUUCUACUUUCCCAUCUGGAAGAACUGAAAAUCAACAUCUUAGACUACCAGAAAAAAAAUCACACCAGACACACCACAAACACAACCCAACUGAACUUCUUGAUCGGAAACAUAGAGAAGAAGUGUGAUCUGUCAGAGAUUGAAUUCCUGAAGCAAAUGACUCAGAUCAACAGCUUGGUCAGUAACCUAGAAAAACUGUGUAAGGAGCUCCCUGAGGAAUGCCUGAAGGAAUUUAAAAUUAUUUCGAACUGCUUGGGUGAAGAAAAGUAUGUGGAAAACAAUCUUGGUGACCUGGAACAGAGAUUGGAAAAAAUCAGUGAACAAAAUAAAGUUCUGAAGGAGACACUGAGGGCAUUGAAAGGUAAGAUGCAAACCGAAUUAAUGAAAACCAUGGACAACUGCCUGAAGCCUUAUGAGAAAGGAAAUGUGUUCUUCGAUCGGGACACACUGAAUCACAUGCUGGAACUUUCAGAUGACCAGAUAACUGUCAAGUGGAAUGCAGAAUUGAAGGAAAAAAUACCUUACCACUGGAUGAGAUUUGAAAAAGAUUCCUGUGUGCUUGGAAGUGAAGGGUUCACUGCAGGGAGAGUCUACUGGGAAAUAAAUGUGGAAGAAGGGAAGAUCUGGGCUGUGGGGGUUGCCAAAGAGUCGGUGGAGAGAAAGCACCCGGUACACUUUGCUCCCGAAAACGGCAUUUGGGGACUUGGUUUAGAUGAGCAAAAAAAAUAUGUGGCCUAUACCAAUUCUGGAGUUGUUCCUUUGGGUCUGUCUGAGCCUCUCCAAAAGAUCCAGGUAAAUCUAGAUUACACUGCCGGGCAGGUGUCAUUUUACAAUGCUGGGACCAACAAUUGGAUCUUUACCUUCCCGCCAGCAAACUUUUCUGGUGAAAAUAUCUACCCUUGGUUUUGGAUCAAGGGAGGGCUGCUCAGGCUGCCAGCAAUAGAUUUUGAAGAGCUGGUUGAUGAUCUUGUGUGGGGAAGAUAUAGUGAGGUGCCUCUUUAUGGAGACCCCUGGGAAUUUUUUAAUGAACCUUGGUGAAGUCCAAAGCAAACUGGCCAUCUCCUGCCAUGCAUUCUCCUUGGUUCCUCUUAGUCAGAUGCUUUAUUGGCCUUCCCUUGUUAAAGGCAUGGAGGCCCAGCUUCAGUUUAGAAGCUUUACAUCUGGAUGGCCGUGACUGAUUUCCCAGAGACCUGAGCGAACAACCAGUAUGUUUUCUGCAUUUUAGGUCACAGAACACUAGAGAUGAUACAGACUUGAUUUUUUUAGACCAGGGGUUCUCAACCUUGGCAACUUUAAGACUUGUGGAC